AUGGAUCAGAGGUUAGAGAAAUUAGAACAAAUGCAAAAGGAGAUGCAAGAGCAACUGCAAGCUCAGAUGCAAGAACAACUGGCUAGGAUCCAGCAGGAGAUGAGGGAUCAAAUGCUGGAGUCCCAGAAAAACAUGCUGGAGUCACAGAACAACAUGAUGAGCCAGCUGACACAGCUGUUGAGGGGAGGUUCUGACAAAGGAAAAGGCCCUAUGGGUGAUACUGGGAAUGACAACGAUGACUCUGCUUGUCCUACAAGCUUUGCCCCAGUAAACAUUCAAACACAGCCACCAAGGGUGUCUGUUAAUGUUAAACCUCUGUAUCAAGCCUGCACUUCGGUACUGGUAAACUUUCUAACGGGCUCUUGCUCUAACUCUGGAGACAAUAUGGAAAAUCCCAUGAUCCUUGACUUCAAUGAGGUUGAAGGGGAAAAAGUAAGGACGGAGCUUCCAAAGCAGCUCAAGGAUCGGUGCAAAUGGAUAGAGGAGAAGUUCAAGGAGCUAGAAAGUGCUGAUCAUUAUUGCGGAGUUGACGCAAAGGAACUCAGUUUGGUCCCAAACUUAAUACUUCCGCUGAAGUUCAAAAUGCCAGAAUUUGAAAGAUAUAAUGGAACCAGCUGCCCUGAGACUCACAUUACAAUGUUCUGCGGGAGAAUGACGGGAUAUGUCAACAAUGACUAUUUGCUGAUUCACUAUUUUCAAGAUAGUUUGACUGGGGCCGCAGCCAAAUGGUACAAUCAGUUGAGCCGUGCUCAGGUCAAAUCAUGGAAGGAUUUGGCACAGGCCUUCAUGAAACAGUAUGGCCAUGUGACCGAUGUAGCACCUGACAGGAUUACAUUACAGAACAUGGAGAAAAGGUCAGGUGAAAGUUUCAGGAAAUACGCCGAGAGGUGGAGGGAAGUCGCUACACAAGUCCAACCACCACUGCUGGAAAAAGAAACGACUAUGUUGUUUAUUAAUACCUUGAAGGCACCUUUCAUUAAUCAUAUGUUGGGGAGCGCAAAUAAGAGUUUCGCAGACAUAGUGAUGUCUGACAAAAUGAUAGAAAAUGCAAUAAGGUGCAGAAAGAUAGAAAUAAGGGAAAGUACGAAAAGGUCAACCUCGAAGAAAAAGGAAAACGAGGUAAACAAUGUGAGCUCAGGCUAUUCAAAACCUGUCAUUGUUAGCCAAUCGAGAACGGUAGUCACAGGCCAACAAGCUUCACCAAGGCAAGAGCCCAGCACCAGGAGAGAUACGGAGAGGAUACAGUUUACCCCUAUCCCAGUGACAUAUAAGGAGCUGUACAAAAACCUAUUCGAUGCACAUGUUGUAGCACUAUCCUAUCUAAAACUGUUGCAGCCUCCAUACCCCAAGUGGUAUAACGCAAAUGCUCAGUGUGAAUACCAUGUGGGGACUGUGGGGCAUUCAAUAAAAAGCUGUCUCUCGUUUAAGAAGUUAGUCGAGAAGCUCAUUAACAUGGAUGUUGUGAAGUUUGAUGACACACCUGUGGUAGGUAACCCAUUACCCAGCCAUGCUGAUGGUGAGGUAAAUGCAAUAAUCAAGAAUGUGGGGAGGAGAGUUAAGUUGAAUGUGGACGAAGUAAAGACUCUGUUCAGGGAAUUUUGGAAGAAAAUGCUGAAAGUGGGGCUGAUCACACGGAGCUCAAGGAGCAGCUCCCAAGAAAUGAAUGACUAUUGCGAAUUUUAUAGCGAGAAGGGCCAUGAAAUCCAGAAUUACAAGAAAUUCAGAUCCUUAGUCCAGGGCUUAAUGGACAAUAAAGAGUUAGAGUUCUUUGAGCUUACUGGAGAAGAGGACGUAUGUGCUGCUGAAGAGAAGUCAAUAGAGAAGGAUAUCCAUAGGGUGCCUUGGAAUUAUAAUUGUAGUAUAGCAGUUUCAAGGAAGGAGGGUUCGAUUAACACGCUAAACACAGAAGCCGAAUCAGCAAAAGGGAAGCCCAUCAUACUCAAGCAAGAAGUAGAGAGAUCAGAACCACUGGUUAAUGAACCAGUAAUAGAAAAUGAAGCCAAGGAGUUCUUGAAGUUUCUAAGACACAGCGAGUAUAGUGUUGUGGAACAACUACACCAACAACCGGAUCACAUAUCGGUAUUGGCUUUGCUGUUAAAUUCGGAGGUCCACCGCAACGCAUUGACGAAAGUGUUGAACGAAACCUAUAUUGCGAAUGAAAUUUCGGUUAACAAAUUGGAUCGUCUCGUUGGCAACAUAAGCACUGACAAUUUCAUCUCCUUCAGCGAUGAUGAGAUACCGCUAGGGGGUAAGGGGUCUAUUAAGGCUCUGCAUGUCACCACACGUUGCAAGGGGUAUACGCUACUCGGAGUACUAGUUGAUAAUGGGUCCGCAUUGAAUGUAUUGCCUUGGGCUACGUUAAACCGUUUACCUAUAGACAGUUUCCAUAUGAAGACGUGUCAGAACAUAGUAAGAGCAUUUGAUAGCACAGAAAGAAAAGUAAUGGGAAGGAUAGAGGUACCUCUUCAGAUUGGCCCAAACAUAUACGAGGUAGAUUUCCUCGUGAUGGAUAUUAAGCUUUCCUAUAACUAUCUAUUAGAAAGACCUUGGAUUCACUCAGCUAGGGCAGUGCCAUCUUCGCUGCACCAGAAGCUAAAGAUGGUUACUGAGGGAUGA